AGCUAGAAGUGAGGCUAGAUAGCAGUAGGAGUAGUACCAUUACUGAUUCAUCUGCUGUUAUUAUUUUCUGGAUUAAUCAUUCUAUAAAAUGUCAGAAAAUAGUGAGAAAUGUGGCGUUUCUGAAAGUGGCGUUAUUAAAUUAACUAAAAGAAAGUACGUUUUUCCACUUGACAGAACAAUCUCAGCUCAAGGACCAGUUCGCUCGCUCGUUCUGGAGCUUUUAACUGUAUCACAUCGUCCUCCUCGUGUCAUCUCAGUUGCCGUGCAUUGAUUGGCUUCUUUCACUGAAGACUUUUUUGACAUGUCAGAGUCGGGGGAAAAAAAGCAGGUGUGAGUAAUACAGUAAAUGUUGGCUGUAUUCCAGUGAGCUGCUUCAGUUUCAGGGUCCUGGUAUUGUGCGCAGCAGAGCCAUCGUUGUUAUCAGUAACACCUGUGCUUUUUACCCAGUAUGACAAGUGACAAAAGGCCCAUGAAUGUUAUUGACUGUGUGAUACACUUGAAAGCUCCAGAACAAGCAGGUGCCCGAGAAAUUCCUCGUUUAAGACUACCAGCAAAGGGGACAGUAUUUUGAGUAUCUGAGUGUUGGAGAUCGAUCACCAACCGACCAAUUCUGUGAGUCUGACUGACCUGACGCCAUAAGAAGAGGACAGCUCAACUGAAACAUCAGCUGAUCCUCUACACUGAUGAAUGUUAGUCGGCAGCUUCCAAUUCUGUGCCAUCAUUGGGAUUGCGUAUUACUCUGAAGUUAAAAAACGCCAGUCCUUGGACUAAUUCGCCUGGCUUUUAACUUUGGCAUACCACAUGGCUGCAGCAGCAACCUGACACUGGGAUAGUAUCAACAUAUGAUCACAUGCCCAUAUCAGCAAAGUUUUAUCUGAAAUCGGGGCCUUAUGUCUUAGAUUACACUGAACUUAUCAUUUGGUUUAUCUGUAGUUAAGUAUAUUAGAUCAAGGUUCAUCUCACCCAGGGAUUAAUGCUGAUCAAAACAUUUUAGUACUUUUGUCAUGCGGGGAAUCUGUAGACACACCAGAAACAAGGUGGCAACUCAGACUGUAGGUGAAGCUUACUGCAUAGCCUCCCCAUCUUCAUUAAUGAUCCCAUGAGAAGUCGGCUGUCAGCUAACCACAUGUCCUUAUCAGAGAUCUAAUAGCAGUUGAUAUUUCCAAUAUGGCCGUCUGGGUGAGCGUAUGCCUGUAGCAGCGCCAGCGUUGUCGUGGCUGGCCGUCGCAGGACGGUCAUCUUCCUCGGCCAUGACCCGGCUGAUGUUGGGCCGGACUCUGGAGCGCAUCUGUAAAGGCGUCCUGCUGCUCUGCCUGCUCCACUUCCUCAUCAUGAUGAUCCUGUACUUUGACGUCUACACGCAGCGCUUCGACCUCUUCAGCCGCUUCAACAACGGCCGCAAUGGAUCCAGGAAUAACGUCAGCGGAGCAGCAGGGAACGGACAUCAUUUUUACUAUUACAACCUUUCCAGGCCAAACGCAACGUUAGCCAGCUACCUGGCCACAGGCGAGCAGCUGGUGCCGACUGUGCAGCCCGAGACCAAUCAGACACCUUCCCCAAAACCGCUGCCGCCGUGCUCUGAGAACCCGCCCGGCCUUGUGGGCCGUUUGUUGAUCGAGUUCAGCUCCCAGAUGACGAUGGAACGAGUGCAGAAAGAAAACCCCAAUGUGACGGAUGGAGGACGCUACACACCUCCUGACUGUCGGCCUAGAUGGAAGGUGGCAAUCAUCAUCCCCUUCCGUCACAGAGAAAACCACCUAAAGUACUGGCUCCACUACCUCCACCCGAUCCUCCGACGGCAGAGGAUUGACUACGGCAUCUACAUCAUCAACCAGUUGGGUGAGGACACUUUCAACCGUGCCAAGUUGCUGAACGUUGGCUACACAGAGGCUUUGAAGGACGGAGAGUACGACUGCUUCAUCUUUAGCGACGUGGACCUGAUCCCAAUGGACGACCGCAACCUCUACCACUGCUACGACCAGCCAAGACACUUCGCCAUCGCCAUGGACAAGUUUGGCUUCAGGCUGCCCUACGCAGGCUACUUUGGAGGGGUUUCAGGCCUCAGUAAAAAACAGUUUCUGAAGAUCAACGGCUUCCCCAAUGAGUACUGGGGCUGGGGAGGGGAGGACGACGACAUCUACAACAGGAUCACUCUGAAUGGGAUGAAGGUGUCCAGGCCAGACGUUCGCAUUGGCCGCUACAGAAUGAUUAAACACGAGAGAGACAAACACAACGAGCCCAACCCACAGAGAUUUAAUAAAAUACAGAACACGAAGAACACGAUGAAGAAGGACGGCAUCAGCUCUCUGACCUACAGAGUGAUUCAGGUCAAGAGGUACCCUCUGUACACAAAUAUCUCUGUGGAGAUCGGCAAACCACCACCCCGGCCUUUUAAGGGCUAGACAGAGAGAGAGAGAGAGAGAGGGAGAGGGAGAGAGAGGAAGAUGAGGGGGUCAACUCACCUUGACUGGAAGAAAAAAAUAAGAAGACGAAGAAGAAGAGAGCUUAUAAGAAUGAAACAAAGAGGGAACACAUAUCCCGGAAAGAUACGGGAGUGUAAGAGAGAGGAAAAAGUCAAAAGCACACACUGGUCUCUUUCUCCCUCUUUACCCCUCUCUUUGUUUUUGUUUUUAGAUUUCAGCCAUUUCUUUAACCAGGACUCAGGCUCUUUCCUCCUACAACUUUUUCAAGCAGCCAAUUGCUUCACACCUCCUACCUUUACCAGUCAGUGACUUCAGAAUUAAAGAGUGUGGACCAAAAGCUCAAAUAUCAGUGGCUGACCAAAAGGGUGCCAUCAAACUUGCUGAAAGCUGAAACUUUGUUUUGUGUGUUUUUUGUGUUUCCAUUAACAAUCAUUUGUAGACUGGAGGUGAUUCAAUGGCAUAUCGACGGAGGAUAUUGACGGGAGCUAUUGUUGGAUGAUUUCAUUUGAAACUUUGGAACGUUUUCAUGGCCUGUUCUGAAAUACUGGACAGCAUCGAGUUGGAUUUCUUGGAAUAUUUGACCAAGGUCAUAUAGAGAGAAAGAAAAAAAUGGGCUUUAUACGUGGAUGCACAGACAGAAACACCUGCUGGUUUCCACUUGAUGGACAACAACCUUACAAAUGCCAUCAAAAAUGUUACUUUCCAAGCAUUCACAGUGAUGGUCAAGGUAAUGGAGAUUUCCAUUAGUUGUAACAUUAACUAAAUAUGGUGACAUGCAGUGAUGGUCGAUGGUAUUUCAUAUGAUGGAUUACAUUUCAAAGAAAUCAGCUGACUCACAGACGAUUGAACAUUUACUUUUUUGUCAGGGAGUCACCUGUUUGGAUCUACUUACUCAAUCAAAUCCUCCGGUAUCAAUUAAUGAAUGUGUAUUGUGCCUGCAUCUACCGCAGGAGACUCAAAAACAGUGCUGGGACACGCUGAUAAAACAUGUUCGUCAGCAGCAACAAACUCCUGAGAACUCUCUUUUCGUUCUCUUUUUUAUAUAUAUAAACUAAAACUUUGGAAAUGUACUUAGUGGAGUGACGGAAAGGUUUCACAAACAAAAGUAAACAUAUUGAAGAGAUGAAAAGUUUUCUCCUGUGCUGAAUGCGGCGUGGUGGAACAUUUGAAAUCAAAUCGAGGAACUGAAGACAACAAGGCAAAUAUAUACUGAGUCAGUCAUGAUUGUAACCCCAUGUGACACAUAUUGGAGAUUAGGUUCCUGGAAACUUGUGUUUUUCCACCCCACUUGAAGAAGGUUUUAUUUUGGUAAUCCGUGCUUUAAAGGUACAUUUGUGUCUGGACAAGAUGUAAAUGGCCUUGAGGUACAAUAAUAUUCCUUAAGGUACAGAUUUGAUUAAGUAGAAAUAUGUAUUUCUAAUUAGAAAAUUGGAAGUUUACCAUAUUAUAACAUAUAUGGGACACCACUGGGGUUUAACAUCAGAAAUGAGCUGUCAAGAUAAAGUCAUGACUCAUGUUUUACAGGGGGAAAGCGUGGAUACAAAAGCUCUUGUAACUUUUACACUGGCUCUACAGACAGCACUAGGAGAAAAGUAAUGAAUUUUGGAGGUCACUUUUAUUCUACAAUGUAACCUGGGAGUCAGAUUCUUUUUUUUUUUUUUUAAGUAUCACAAUUCAUUAAAACUCAAUUGAAACUGUUACUAUGCCAUUUUCUCUCUCUCUCCCUCCGUGCUAUCUUUUUCUUUCAAUCUUAGGCCAUCAUAUCCGGAAAGAGGAAAUUAUGAGGCGAUCUUCUCUUGGUGGAAAUUGUGAAUUUUAAGGCAGUAAUGAGAAGUUAUCGUUUGAGUGGUUUGAUUGACAUCUCUAUUGCAGCUUCAGAUUUUUUUCAUCAUCUGCUGUCAGUUCUGUUGUGAAAUUUUCAUUUUAAAACUUUUUUUUUGCCUCAUAUGAGUUUCAUAACUUUCCCCGUGUGAAUAAGGAACAAACACAAUAUUUUAUCAUGAUUUCCUUUAUCAGAAUAUUGAAGCCUUUGACUGUUGUAUGCUUUGAUACAUCACUCUUCUUCCUCUGUUUUCUUUUUCCUACUGUUGAUGCUGUUACUUUUGACGCCUAAACACCAAACUGAUGCCUUCAGAAGUUAUCUAUACUAAGGGGCAGAAAAUGUUAUUUUUCAUUUAAAGGUCAUUUUUGUGUGUAAAAUCAAUCGAUGAAGAUGUGUGUUUUAAGAUGGGUAAUAUAGAAGUCGAGAUCAUGAAAAAACCUAUACAGAAUAUUUCCAGACAGACGAUUUGUGUGCAGUGCUGUAACUGUUUGAGUUUUGUAUCAUUCUGAACAAUACAGGGCUUUUAUUUUGGUGAAAAUUGUGUAUCUCCUCUUUGGUCAGCCUUGAGGCAAAAAUGCUCCCAUCUGUUUGGCUCUCCAUUAUCUUCGCCUCAAGCCUGUUGGGAGGUAUGAUUGCUCCACACACACACAUGCAUUCACGCUGUCUUCCCUUUUUUCUUUGCAUUAUCUCCUCUUUCGUUGCCUUUUCUUUUUUACUCUGCCAGUCCAGGCUGUGUGUGUCAAUGGCACUCUGUUGUGCUUUGUGGUGGGCCCACUUCAGGCACAGCUGUGUCUCACAAGAGUGCUUCUUCUUUCAAUAGGUAUCGACAAGGCCUCUCUUUGUGUCUCUGAAUCUGUGCCACUCACUGUAUCUUUAUUUUUCUAUUUAUUCUCUCCCUCUCAGCACACAUCCCCAUCUGUGACUCUCUCUGUCUCUCGCCUUUUAUCAUUCUCUCCUCCACUUUAUCUGACUUUCUUUUCCUUUCUACCCUUCUUCUUUUUCCUUAUUUUGAUGCUUCAGAGUGCAGAGCUCUCCUGGUGAGUUUCAGUCUCCUCGGUGGGCAGACUACAUGUGGAGAGGUCAAUAUAAUCUCUUCUCUAUACUGUUUACAGUUUAUCCUGUGCAAUAGCAGAGAUAUGUUCACAUAUUCCCCAUAUCCUGCUUUAAAGUCAUUGUUUUAAAGUGGGACGAACUGUUGUUUCAGUUCAGUUUGUAAUGCAGUCAUGCUUAUCUUUCAUCUGUUACCUCUAAUUCAUCAGUUUUCCCCAUUCUUACAGUGUUAAAGGGGAACUUCAGCAAUUUAAUGUUUUACUUUAAUAAAGUUGGGUGUCUUUUGAGGGAUAGAUUAAACCAAGAAUGGUCAAAAUUGAAGCAGCAGAGGCAAAUAUAUCCUGACUUUAGUUUCUAGUAUGGGUCAAGAUAAAAAAAAAACAGAAUCCUACAUUUCCCACAAUGCACCUUGAUAGUGUCUUUCACAACAUUGCGAAGUUGGAGGAACCACCCUUGGGCGCAGAAGUAAAAGUCACAUACAUUUUUCCCAUAGACAAUAUUACAUGACUCACAGAUAUUUUUGAUGAUUCAGAUGAUUUUACAGUUUUGAUUGGCAUUUAACUCUCAUAGUCAAAUCAUCAGUACAGAAGAUUAACAACUACAACUCCCAAGGUGCAUUUAGGCAAAAAACAUUUGAUGACAUAUCUUAAAAAUCUACACAAUCUGCAGGCUAGGUAACUUUGAUUUUGAUUUGAAAUUUGCCAACUAAGGCACCAUGUCUUGACAGCAAGAGCAGCUGAGGCUCAUGAGUACUGUAGUUUUUUUCAGAGCCGUCCUCCAGACUGCAAACAAACAUGAUUUUGUUGAAAUAAUUAAAACUUGUGGUUAUAACAUAAACCUGCAGUAUCAUUACAUUAUCCAGGAGAGUCCCUGUGUUUCUAAGUUAGCUAGCAUACUUCUAAAAGCUCCCUCCAGAGCCACAGAAGACAUUAUACAGCUAUUCUUAAAGGUUGAGUCACUCCUCAUGACCAAUAAACUAAACAUCAUGCAUAAAAUCUGUAGAGUUGACCCUUUAUAACUGUAGCUUUAUCAAGGGUACUCUGACUAAUUACAGGCAACUCUUUAUGAGGUCAGUUAGAUAAAGAAAGUACAAGCUGAGGAGUGACUGGACAAAAUGGAGGAUAUAGCAAGAGAGGCAUGACCCCAGUGUGUAUAAACAGUAACUUGGGAUAUAGAUGUAAAGAUCAGCAGCAGAAACUUCAGCAAAAAUAGUAUUUGAAACGUUUCCUUUACUUGAGAGAACAACCGUGAGGAGUGCUUGAUGUUUCUUAUUGGGCUUUUGAAGCUGUUCCAGUUGUCAAGCAAACCUCAUGUGGUUAAGUAUUUGAAACGUUUUCUUUUAAAUACAUUUUUUGCUCGUCUGCUGCAGAGAGCUGACAGGACUUUCAGGCCUGUUGGGCAUUUUUAAACAUUUACUGUAUCUCUAGCUAUGUUUUUUUUUUGUACAUUGAAUGUUGAAAAUGUUAUAUCUUAUAUAGAAUGCAUUAUGUCAUAUCAAACCUACUUUUUCUAUACAAUCAAUAAAUCUGAUGGUUAAAGAUUA